AAAGUUCUAAUCGUUUUAGGAGUGAAUUAAUUGUAAACAUUUUAAAUGAAAUGGACUUUAAAUCGUUUAAAUGUAUUGCUUAUAACGAGUUGGGAAGCGAUGAAGUGAUGUUUGAAGUCGUUAAGAAAAAUUUUCCGGAAUCGCCAACCGAUUUAAGGACAACGAAUGUGAGCCGCAAUUCCGUUGUCAUCGCUUGGAAUCCAGGCUUUGAUUUUGGUUACGAACAGAGUUUUCGCAUUAGAUAUAGAAAAGUGGACCCAAAGGCAGCAAAUGUUGAACCCUUUCAUUUCAAAUACAUUAUAGCGAACAACACUUUAAACAAUGUGUUAAUUGCAAACUUAGAGGCGGACACUGAAUACCAGUUCAGUAUAUCAUCGCGUAAUAAACUCGGAGAAAGUCUAAUGAGU